GGGGAUAAAGGCGGCCCGGGCGGGGCGCGAAUCCACUCAGAGCUCGGGGCCUGGUGCCGUUUCCACAGUAACCCGCAGCCUCCCCCCUCGAUUAGCGCCGCCAUGGCUUGCUACAAGCUGGUGAUCGUGCGACACGGCGAGAGCACCUGGAACCAGGAGAACCGCUUCUGCGGCUGGUUCGACGCCGACCUGAGCGAGAAGGGGCUGGACGAGGCGACCCGCGGGGCCAAGGCCCUGAAGGAGGCCGGCUACCAGUUCGACGUGUGCUACACCUCGGUGCUGAAGCGCGCCAUCCGCACCCUCUGGAUCAUCCUGGACGGCAUCGACCAGAUGUGGCUGCCCGUCACCCGCACCUGGCGCCUCAACGAGCGCCACUACGGCGGCCUGACCGGCCUCAACAAGGCCGAGACGGCCGCCAAGCACGGCGAGGAGCAGGUGAAGAUCUGGCGGCGCUCCUUCGACAUUCCCCCGCCGCCCAUGGACGAGAAGCACCCGUACUACAGCAUCAUCAGCAAGGCAAGGCGCUAUGCAGGACUAACAUCUUCUGAGCUACCAAGCUGUGAGAGUCUGAAGGAUACGAUUGCACGAGCCUUGCCUUUCUGGAAUGAAGUGAUUGCACCACAGAUUAAGGCAGGAAAGCGUGUCCUGAUUGCAGCCCAUGGAAACAGUUUGCGUGGCAUAGUCAAGCAUCUGGAGGGGAUGUCAGAUGCUGCAAUCAUGGAACUCAACCUGCCAACGGGUAUUCCAAUUGUUUACGAGCUGGAUGCUGAUCUGAAGCCCACCAAGCCCAUGCAGUUCCUGGGAGAUGAGGCGACUGUAAAAGCAGCUAUGGAGGCUGUAGCAGCUCAGGGAAAAGUCAAGAAGUGAAGCAGAGAGAACAGAUCUUGCAAACAACUGAAUGCAGAGAAGUGCCUGGAACUACUACACAUUGGGCCUGGAAACAUCCUUGGAGGCAAUAAUAAAUUGUUUUUUUGUAAAAUGUUACUGUAAGCAGUUAUUUAUCAUGAAAUGUUAAAUUAAACAUGAAAUACUAGAACUUU